CACAGAAAAGACGUCAACGAAGGCCAACCCCACCCCCCAUCCAACCCCCCCACCCUAAAGGUCAUCACCGCCACCCCAACCCUUUAAAUUCCGCCACCACACUCUUCAGCCACUCUACAACUUCGACGACGAACCCCUCACUUUUCCGGCGACAACCGACAGUCUCAGCGCCGCCGCAAAACGACGGAUGCCCCCCCAACCCCCCACCCACACAGCGCCGGAGAAGAGAUCCGCCGCCGUCCGCCGCUCCAGGAAGGGCUGCAUGCGCGGAAAAGGCGGGCCGGAAAACGCCCUCUGCACCUACCGCGGCGUCCGGCAGCGGACAUGGGGAAAAUGGGUGGCGGAAAUCCGCGAGCCCAACCGCGGCGCCAGGGUUUGGCUCGGCACCUUCAACACCUCCCUCGAGGCGGCGCAGGCCUACGACGACGCUGCCCGCCGCCUCUACGGCGCCGGCGCCAAGCUCAACCUCCAGGAACCCGAUUCCGGAGGCGGCCGGAACAUGCAAACCCCGGCGGCGCAGCCGGCGGUUUCUCCCUCCUGCACCGACUCCGUCGUGCCGGAUUAUUACGACAACUAUUACAGAAGCGAGAGCUCUGUGCUCGACGAAGCGCGGAGCAUGUGGGAUAUUCCGGCGGCGCCGACGCUGCUAGAUGAGAAGCAGAGCCUGAACUGGCCGGAGUUUCCGCCGGAAAGUUUCAGCAAAUGUGAUUUUAUGGACGAUACACGAGUUCCAUGGACCUUAUAGCUCGAAUCUUACUUGGGUUUGUGUGGAAUUCUUGAUGUCCUUUUCUUUUUGGUUAAUUUGUUUUUUGUCAUGUUAGUUUUUGCUUGAGCUGUGUUGGAAUGUUCAAGUUUCUUCCGACUAAUAUUAUUAGAAUAUAAUUAGGAUUUAUUAGAAUAAUUAGGAUUUACAUAUGUACUUUUUGUGCUCCCUUUUAGCCCUAAGGUAGGGUUUUUUUAGAAUAAUUAGGAUUUACAUAUGUACUGUUUGUGCUCCCUUUUUAGCCCUAUAAUAUAAGGUAGGGUUUUGGGAAAUUAUAUGUUUGGUGUAAGUUUUUUUGUAUUGGUAUAUGUAUAUUAUUUUGUGGUAUUAUAUAAAAUUAUCCAAGCUUGUAGAA